AUGGAUUUAAAAAGCGGUUUCGUUGUUCUAGAGGAAGAUGGGACCAUAUCAGUUUUAGAUUUAGUUUUAAUAGUAAAUGGAUUUAAGUCCAACAGUUACAUCACAGAUGCUGGAGUGCCGCAGGGCUCCACUCUUGGUCCUUUGCUAUUCACAUUAUUUAUUAACGAUGUGCUAGAUUGUAUUCGCUACUCAAAAGUUCUCAUUUUCGCAGAUGACAUUAAAAUAUACCGUGAAAUUCGUGGUAUUAGUGACUCCUUGCUUCUUAAAAAAGACAUAAAUAAUUUGGUUUCUUGGUCAUUGCUCAACUUUUUACCUUUAAAUGAGAAUAAAUCUUUUAUCAUUUCGUUCACACACAAGCUUAAUGUAUGCGAGUUUGAUUACAAAAUCAAUCAUCACAGCUUACAGAAAUGCUCUUCCAUUUUGGAUUUAGGUUUUCUGAGCAGUACUCAAGACGAGACCGAACCAAUGAGGAAUCUUAACGUUUUCACCGCUGUCUUAGAUAAAUCCUUACAAUGCCGCCAAAUUAAACCCCACAUGGUUAGGGCCUUGAAAACAGUAUAG